AUUUCACGCUUUGAUAAAAAUGUUUUAAAUCAAAAAGUGUUAAUUAAAGCCAAAAUCAAAAUCAAUGCGCCUGUGGACGGCGACGGCUCGAGAUCGUGCGCGCGAACGAAUAUUAACACAGCAGUCAAAUCAGUCAAACAAAAGAACAGAACAAACAAAUAUAUUGAACAGCAGCGGCGUGCGUGAGUGCGGAGUGGCGAGAGCGAAGUUUGCAUAUAUUUUGUAUUUAUGUUCUACCUGACAUUCGUGAAUGUAGCCACAAAGUGAACAAGCCGAGAAAUCACGGCCCAAAGCGAAUAAACAAGAAUCGUAAAAAGAGCGGCCACAAAGCGGAGCAUCGUCUGUAAAUUAAUAAAAACCAAAAAUUUGCGUUGUGUCCAAAAAAAAACCAACUGCUGGACAGGCAGCAGCAGCCCCCUUCAACCAAACGAAUUAAAUCCAAAAGCUGGCUAAACGGCAGCGCCAUGGAUGAUGAGUUCAAGCUCUGCUGGAAGAACUUCCAGGAAAACAUUGCCAGCGGUUUCCAGAACCUCUACGAUCGCGGGGACCUCGUGGACGUGACCUUGGCCUGCGACGGCAAGCUGCUGCAGGCACACAAGAUAGUCCUGGCCAUAUGCAGUCCCUACUUCCAGGAGAUCUUCACCAGCAAUCCCUGCCGACAUCCCAUAAUCAUACUCAAAGAUGUGAGCUUCAACAUAAUGCUGGAACUGUUGGAGUUCAUGUAUCAGGGCGUGGUGAAUGUGAAGCACACGGAGCUGCAGUCGUUCAUGAAGAUUGGACAGCUGCUGCAGAUCAAGGGACUGGCCACCAACUCCAAUUCCUCGCCGACGUCCAGUGCCUCGGAGAAGUCUGCUAGUCAAGCGCCCAACCACGGUCAGGGGGAUGAAUCGUCUCUCGGUAAUACCCACAACAAUAGCCACAGCAGCAACCAUCACAACACCAGCAACAGCACCAGCAACACCGCCAACAACAGCAGCAGCAACAACAUCACGAAUAACAGCAACAGCAGCAGUAACUCCAACAGCAAACCGGAUGCGGAUCAAAGUGAAGCCAAGGGCCAGAGCACGCAGAGCAACUCGCGGACCACAUCGCCAGGCGGUGCCAGCAGAGCCUCCAGUGAUGCCAGCCACAUGUACGCCCUGAACAAGCGACCAGCCCCGUCGGACUUCAGCAACGAUUCCCUAUCCAUAUACUCGGGCAAGCAGCUGCGGCGCUCCAUGAAGGAGCACACCGGUGUGGGACAGCACGAGGGCAGCAGCGACCAUGCGGAUAAUGGCGCCAGCCUGGAGAGCCCCCUGAAUACGGAGGAGUUCUUCCUGCCACCGAUUCCACACCUAUCGCUGGGCGAACCCCGAUACGACCUGGGCGGACUCAAGCGGGAACAGGAUGGACAUCAUGGACCGGGUGGCGGAGGAAGCGGUGGUAGUCUGAGCUCCUCGGCCUCCUCCUCGACGCCAGUCAAUUCCCUUCGCAAUCCCUUUGGGCCGGCCUUCAAUCUGGACUACAACUUCUACAAGCCGAGCGGCAAUCAAGGCGGCCCCAGCGGCAGCUCCAAUAAUGCAGGACCCGGUCCUAGUGGCAUCAGCAACAAUGGAUCCUCUGGCCUCGGCCCCGGCACCGGCCCUGAAUACCCGAAUGAGCUCUACAUGCCCAAUGAUUACUCCAAGAACUUUGCCAAUCACAUGGACAUUCCGUCAAAUGGCAGCAAUAUGGUGAUGCUGUCCACCACCUCGCUGCUCCAUGGCAACUGCGUGUUCAAUCGCAACAACACGGUGGCCACGCAGCAGGGCAUGAAGACGUACUGGCUGUGCAAGUCCUAUCGGAUCAGCAUGUGUCGAGCCCGCUGCAUCACCCAUCUCGGAAGAAUAAUCUCCGCCACGGGCGUGCACAACCACACGCCCCAUAUGCGCGGCAGCCAGGGAGCGGCAGCAGCAGCAGCAUCCGCUUCCGCGUCCAGUGGCGGCACUCCACCAGUUACGGUUUCGCUGGCAUCUCUUCCGAAUCAUAAUCAGCCCGGCGGCGGCUACUCCAUUGCGGAUGGGAGUCACAUUGGAGCGGAGCUGAACCACAGCGGCGCUCCUGCCAGUAGUCGGUUGGGUGCGGCAGGCAACAUGUUCGCCAAUCAGACGCCUCCCCCAGCGGCAGCCUCACAUCAUCACCAUCAUCUGGGCCAGCCGCUGCCCAACCUGCUGGUGCAGCAUCAUACAACGGCGACGCAUAUGGAGCAACACGGCGGCAUGGGGAGUGGAGCGCCGCCCUCGAAUAUCAUGCACAAUCCCAACCUGAUGCAUCUGCCCAUGCAGCCGCAAGGCCAUCACCACCACCACCAACAGCAGCAGCAACAACAACAACAGCAGCACUCUCCACACACGCAUCAUGCUUCAGGAGCACCGCCAGCGCCUACUUCUCAGCAUCAUUUGGAGCUGGGAGGAGGACAGGGCGUGCUCCUUUCACCCGCUCAUAUGCAGCAGAGUCCGCAAUCGAAUCGAAGCAGCCACUCAAUGCAUGCACAGGAAUCGCCGCUAGGCAUGAAGAGUCCGCCCCCACCGCCCGUAGAGGAGCAGCAUCAGCAACAACAACAACAGCAGCAGCAGCAGCGAGUGGACAUCAGCUCAAGUGCCGAUGGGUCAGCGGAGAGUGCCGCCCCGGGGACGGCGCAUGUCAUCAACUCCAUUACGAUAUCCCCCAGCAGCAGGCACAGCUUCAAGAUGGAGAACAUGUAAAGGAGCUCCGCUCUUGGAGGAGCUCUCAGCUUUAAUGAGAAGUAAUUUAUUGCGGCUGGAGCCGCGUAGCUAGUGUCUGUAGUAGAAAUUGAAUUUGAUUCGAAUCUUCCCACGUGUACAUACUGUUUGAUGUGUAUAUCCCGUUUGAUAAACUAAUUCAAAAUGAUAAACUAAUAGCAUUCACCCAGCAGAGGGCGCUGUGGAAUGAGUUCCAGAUUAACCCGCAACAGCGGGUGCAUUAAUUUUGGACUUGUUCCACGGCGCUGGGCGUCUAUAUUGUAUGGGUAUGCUAAGGGUAUGCUCUAUCUCCACUAACCCUCUGUUACGACAGGUAAGUCCGAUCUGCAUGACACCUACACCCACACACACACACUUACAUACAAUAAUUGGGCUCAUUCGUGUACGUCCUGGCAUCCCAAAAACCAUAACCUCAA